AUGGCGUGCAUACCGCCUAUAGAGCUGACCGCCAAGGUCCACGCGGCUAUCUAUAACAAGGUGGCCGAGGCCAAGAGGAGGGGAGAUCCAGUAACCCCCAGGAUCAGAAGGGCCAUAGCCCUUCAGCUGAAGAGGGACAUGAGGGAGGAGUGGCGGCAGUGGCUCGGGCGAGCAGAUUGCGCGGGCCAGAGGACUGUGUCGGCCAUCCUCCCUCAAUUGGACGCAUGGCUCGAGCGUCCUUGGGCCAGAGCUUCGUACCGGACGUCGCAGGUGCUCACCGGGCAUGGUUGCUUCGGUAGGUACCUGCGGCGGAUCGGAAGAGAGGACACGUCCCGCUGUCACCAUUGUGACAGCGCGGACGACUCAGCGCAGCACACGCUGGAGCACUGCCCGGCGUGGGCUGGGCAGAGGCGCGUCCUGAGGGACGCGAUCGGCGAUGACCUCGCCCUCCCGAAGGUGGUGGAAGCGAUAGUGGAGGGCGAGGACAAGUGGAAGGCGUUCUCGGCUUACUGCGAGUCAGUGAUGCGUGAGAAGGAGAACGCGGAAAGGAUACGUAGGGGGGAGGCAGAUCCCUCCGGUUGCCAAGGAGCAGCAGCGGCCAGGAGAAGAAGGAGGAGGAGAGGAGUGGCCGCGCAUCGAAGAGGCUGGUUGCCCGGUGGAGGGGGGUGGGAUUCGCGGGACGGCUGUCCUUGCCCGUAA